AUGGAAAACGGAAAUGUCGAAGUGUUUGAGUCUGAGGAGAAUUUAGAGCUUAUUCUUGUGUAUAGUGUGAUAUCUAAAACAAAAGUGAAAGUUGCGAUCAAAAACAGGCAAAGGAUGGCGAGAUCGUUUGCAAAGCUACUGAAAAGUAUAUCGAAUGGAUGCAUGUAUUCAACCGAAGGUGAGUAUGUGAUAUUUACGCCCGGAUCGCUAAGUGGAGGAAAUGUGAUAUUCAAAUGCGAGGAAGAGAUAUCGAUGUAUAUUGUGCCGUUGCUUGUGCUUUGCCCGUUUGUAUCUGGGCCAUUAAAGAUACGAUUCAAAGGAAUAACGAAUGGCAAUAUGUGUGUUGACAUGAUAAGAAUUGCGCAUUUUGGAGUGAUGAGGAGAUUUGGUGUUGAUGGAUGUGAGCUUGUGGUUAAGAAGCGAGGAUUUGGGCCGAAAGGAGAGGGGGAGGUGAUAUUGAGUGUGAGCGGAGCACGAAAGGUUGGUGUAGUUGAUUUUGUGAAUGAUGAGAAAAUAGUAAAGGUGCGCGGGCUUGUGCUCAGCAGCCGUGUGAGCUCCAUGCCGACUCGAGAAAUGACUGAAGUGAUUAAGAGGUUAUUAGGAGGCAUAUCGAGGGUGAAAGUGUUUUCAAAUGUAUCUAACCGGCUUGACUCUGGCCCGUCGCCUGGAUUCCAAUGUAAUGUAUUUGCUGAGUCGAAGAAUGGAAUAUACUAUUCCACUGUAAAUGGAUGGAAUGAAGAGGAUGUGGAUGGAAAGAGUGUAAGCAAAGUGCUAAAGCCGGAGGAAGCGGCAGAGAGGGCAUGCUGCGAGCUUCUUAGGAGUAUGAAGGCAGGAGGGAUAUUUGACAGGAAGCUUGCGUAUCUAGGGCUUUCAUUGAUGUGUUUAUCACCCAGGAGUGUGAGCAGAAUGAGGAUGUGCAAGGUUAAUUAUGAGAUUGGAGGCGUGCUUGAGCUUUUGAAGAGAUUUUUUAAGUUUGAGUAUGAGAUUAGGAAGCAGGGUGGAGGAUAUGUUGUUUAUGGAUGUGGAAAUGGAUACACAAAUGUAAUGAGACAGCUGAAAUGA